ACAAAACACCAUCCACUGCUUUCAAUUGGUAUCCCAGCAAGAUGUCAGGCCUAUCCACUGGUGCUGCUACCCAUAGCAAAGCAUCCGGUGCGAAGAAAAGAGCAAAAUCAAAGGUUGAGAAGAAGCAAUCACCAGCUGAUGUUGACGAUGAUGCCACCGUUGAGGUGGAGAACACCACAGAUGUUGGCAUUGAUACCGAUGAGGCCAAGAAGCUGGGUGUUUCUGCCCAGUCCAAGGGCUCUUUCCUGUGGAAGAUCGAGCCAUGGGUAUCAACGAUCCUCUACACUGCCCUCGCUGUCUACGUCAGGCUCCACCUCAUUGACAGAUCGAAGAAAGUUGUGUGGGACGAGGCCCAUUUCGGUAAGUUUGGCUCCUACUACAUUAAACAUGCCUUCUACCACGAUGUCCACCCUCCGUUGGGAAAGAUGCUCAUUGGUCUGAGUGAGAAGAUCGCAGGCUUCAACAACACGGAGUUUGAGUUUGGCUCCGGCUCCAAAUACCCAGAGGAUGUGGACUUCUACACAAUGAGGGUGUUCAACGCGUUGUUCAGUGCUGCUGUGACUCCAGCUGUUUAUUGGGCUGCCAGAUUUGCAGACUAUCAGCUGCUGACCAUCCACCUGAUCACCCUUAUGGCGACACUGGAAUCGUCCUUUGUCACGCUGGGUAAGUUCAUCUUGCUGGAUUCCAUCCUGCUGUUCUUCACGGCAACUACGUUCUUGACCUUGGUCAAGUUGAUGCAGCUGAAGAAGCGUGAAAGAGAAUUCACCGUUGAAUGGUACCUGUGGAUGGUUCUUUCCGGGCUCUCCAUCGGCUGCGUGUGCUCUGUGAAGUGGGUUGGCCUCUUCAUCACCGUGGUUGUCGGCAUCUUUGUCGUCCAGGACCUUGCUGAGAAGCUCUUUGACAAGGAACUCUCUUGGGAGAAAUACGCACGACACUGGCUUGUGCGUAUCGUGACGUUGAUCUUCAUUCCAAUGGCUGUGUACCUCAUCUGCUUCAAGAUCCAUUUCGCACUGUUGUACAAGUCAGGCACUGGUGAUGCAUCGACAUCGUCUCUAUUCCAAGCGAACUUGGAGGGCAAUAAGAUCAAACAGUCACCAAGAGAUGUCGUUUUCGGUUCUGAAGUGACCAUUAGAUCUCAAGGCUCAAGCCCAAACCUGCUACAUUCGCACGUCCAGAUCUACCCAGACGGCUCACAUCAACAGCAAAUCACGGCGUACGGCCACUCUGACAGCAACAACAACUGGUUCUUCAAGUUUGCUCGUCGUGAUGGAAGAUCUCUCAACAACGUUACAGAGUUGAUUCCCGUCAAAAACGGUGAUACUGUUAGACUUGUCCACAGGUCUACCAACGUGAACUUGCACUCCCAUAAGGUCCCAGGCCAUGUUUCCAAGCAACACUACGAGGUGUCAGGUUAUGGCAGCGAAAAGGUUGGUGACACCAGAGACGACUGGGUCGUGGAGAUCUUCUCUCAGAGCUUCCCGGAAAACACCUCCUAUGCCAACGAGGACAAGUCACUUAUCCAUCCUUUGUCCACCACUUUUAGACUGAGACACGCUGAUUUGGGCUGUUACUUGUCCACCACUGGUAGCUCAUAUCCUGCCUGGGGGUUCAAGCAGAGUGAGGUUGUCUGUAAAUACCCUUGGACCUCAUACGACCAGUCUACGCACUGGAACGUGGAAGACCACAUGAAUGCCAAAAUGGCGAGUGACGAGUACUACGUUCCUCCAAAGUCGAACUUCUUGUCGGACUUCAUCCACAUCAACUUUGCCAUGGCUGCUUCCAACAACGCAUUGGUUCCAGAUAGCGAUAAAUACGAUGCUUUGGCUUCCAGCUGGUGGCAAUGGCCAACACUGUACAUUGGUCUGAGAAUGUGUGGUUGGGGUUACGCUGAUAUUAGAUACUUCCUCAUGGGCAACAUCUUCAACACAUGGGGCUCUUCUUUGGCACUGAUUGCAUUCGUGUUGCUCACUGCUUACUACAUCAUCAAGUUCCAAAGACAGACUCUUAACUGGGACUAUGCGAUGUUCUGGGACUACCUCAUCAAGGGAUUCUAUCCUUUCCUGAGUUGGGUAUUCCACUACAUGCCAUUUGUGCUUAUGGGAAGAGUCACCUAUGUUCACCAUUACGUUCCAGCGUUGUUCUUUGCCUUAUUCGUCCUGGGAUACAUGGUGGAGCUUACCGUUGGUAAAGCUCGCCCACUCAUCAAGUACACAACGUAUGCUACUUGCUACGGUGCUGUUGUAUUCACAUUCUGGUACUUCAGGGCUUUCCAUGAAGGUAUGACUGGAAACCAAAACGAUUACAAGAACCUCAAGGUCCUACCAACAUGGCAAGUCUGAUACAAUCGACACUUGUGUGAUAAACUGAAUAAACAAAACGUAAAUACUUAAAAAGAAAGAACCCCCAUCGUUGAACAGCUAU